AUGCACUAUUUCAAAAUACUCGGCCUUCUCUUCUUCCUCCCCAUCUUCACCUCAACAAUGGCCCAGUCCACCACAUCCGCAAGCCUCACUAUUUCGCCCUCAGCAAUCAGUGACCUGGAGGGUAUGAUCGAAAGUGCCAAAGUCUUAUUGAGCAAUUCCAGUGUCAGCAACAUCGAAACCACUUUGACGGGGGCAGCCACAUUGCUAAGCGGUUCCACUGCCAACGACACAAAGACUCUACUCACUGAUGUCAGCGCUCUGCUCACCCCAGACCUCGUAUCUGCCAUCAGCCAGCUUGUCACCGCGGACACCAUCAACAAGCUGGGGGACAUCGUGGAUAAUGCUCAUUCACUCUUAACAGCUGAGUUUGUCAAUCAAACAGCCACGCUCAUCAACGAUGUGACGCCGCUCGUGGAAGAUCUGUCAAAGGUCCUGGGUGGACUUCUAUCCGCACUACUAAGUUAA